GGCAGUGUUUGGCCUAAUGUCACGUUUGCGGGGCGCCGAGGGGGGUGGUAAGCUGCGUCGUGGGCGGGGUGGCGUGCGUGUGGGACUGAAGCGUGCGUGCAGACCAGCCAAAACAUAGCGCCAUGCAGCGCCCCAGUGUUUGUGCGUGCGUUCGUGUGUGCGUGCGUCUGUCUGUCCGGGAGCGUGGUGGUGGUGGUGGUGGUGGACUCGCGUAACUUGGCAGGCAAGCGUGUGUGUGGCGGUGGCGGCGGUGGUGGUGGUGGUGGUAGCGGCGGCGGGAGAGUCGCAGUGUCAGUGUGCUGGGAAGGGUGGAGGCGAGUGCACGUGUGUCCGUGUGUCUGGCCCGCGCGGCAACACACCACCUACACGCCCCCUGCAUCCCGCGCCCUCCCUCCCGAACCCUUCAGGAGAGUGUACCAGGCCUUCAGGUGUGCACGUGGCGUCCCCGGUGUGCCUCACCUGCCGCGGCGUGAGGUGCGCGCCGCCCAUGUGGAUAUUGAGUGCUGUUGCGAUGAGACCCACCUCAGCCCCCGGACACGUGUAGCAGCAGCGCACCCCCCACCCACCCUAGGCCCCCGCUAGGCCUGGCACCGCGCGUGGGAGGGAGCAGUGCCGCAGUGCCGCCCUCAGGAUGGUCCCCGCAGUGCCUAGUGUGAUGGUGUGCCUGUAGGAGUAUAAGUCAGUGUGUGUUGCUCAAGCAAACCCCCCGUGCCUGCUCCUCUCCCGCCCGUGGCUCCCGCGUCCUCCCUCAACAGGCGGAGACGCGGUGCUAGUGGUAGAGGUGGUGGUGGAGGUGGCGGAGGCCCCUCAUGGCCGGUUGCCAACCUGUUGUCGCUGCCGUAGUGGUGUUGCCUGCCGCCCCCUGACGGGCCCGCCUGCGCCCCGUCGCCGCCAAAACACGUGCUUCUCGCCGCCCCGCCGCUGCCUGGAGAUGCCGGGCAGGUGACGGCGCGAGGAGCACGAGGACUUGUGGCCGCGCGAGGACACUGGCAUGGCGGCGCUCAGCAGGCCUGCCGCGGCGUGAGUCAGGUGGAGGAGGAGGCGGAGGAUGAGCGUGGAGGGCAGACAUGACACGGCACGUCCCCGGCGCCAGCAUCUUCCUCAGGACAUCUCAGUUUGUGUUAGGGACAGGGCGGCGGCGUGAAGGGCGACAUGAGAGUACCGGUGGCGUCGGUGUACCGCACGGGUGGCGUGGGCGGCCUGAUGGGGUGCGUCGGGGUGGCAGCCUCAGCGCCCACCGUGCACCACCACCACAUAGACCACGAUGAGGAGCAGAUCUCACGCCUCGCACACCACCUCUCCCAGAUCUCAACUGACCACGAGGGACUCCAGGUGCUUGACCAGGAGGACUUGGCGGCCCUGCUGCCUGAUGUGAGCAGCGGCAGUGGCCACCAGGAUGGCUCCUCGGUGUCCCUUGAUGGAUUCACAGAUGACGUGGUGGUGUCGCGUGGCGGCUCAGACACAGAAGGAGAGGAACCCCCCACCGCUGCUGCUGCUGCCGCUGCUGCUGGGGAAGAUGAUGAUGACCUGCCAGAUGUCAUUGUGCAUGAGGCCAUCAACUCCAUGGCCAUGGUGGGCGAGGAGGCCCUUAAGUUCAACACGGUGCUCAUGGAUGACCUGGAUGAUGUGGACGGGCGUGGCCGAGCCCGUCAGCAGCAGCAGCAGCAACAGCAGCAGCAACAGCAGCAGCAGCAGCAGCAACAGCAGCAGCAGCAGCAACAACAGCAGCAGCAACAGCAGCAGCAGCAGCCACAGCAAGGCCAAGUCAGACUGAACCAACAGCAGCAGCAGCAGCAACAGCAACAACAGAGAGCAGCCAGGAGUCCCAGGGCAGAGUCUGGGUCCAGGGGCCGAGAGGAUCUGUCAUUUGGAGAAAAGAAGAAACGAGGAAGGACGUCCCGGGCUGUGCUGCCAGGGAAGGACACACACCCGGAGGAGGACUCUGACCCACCCUCCAUGCCGGAGCUGGAGAGUUACGUUCCCCUGGACUGUAAUGUGUCCAAUGUCUCCCCAGACAGUGGCAUACAGUCAGUGAAUGGUUCUCCCCUGCACCAUAUUGGGUCACCACCGCAUCACCACUCACCUCCUUACAGUGCAGGCAAGGCUGGUGACAGCUCUGGGGGCCACACCCGGCCCUUCUCCCCCACCUAUGUCUCUCAGGACUCUCCCCCACCCCCCACGCUGCUGCCAGCUGUCACUCCACCACACUUGCUGGGGUCACCUCAGUACGAGUAUGACGACCCCCCACACUCCCCCCAGAUGCCAGCUCUCAAGUGCCAGGUGGACCCCCCGCCCGUCCUGCAUGCAGACAACACCAAGCGGACCAGCCUGGAGGAGCAGGGAACCCUCAAGAAGCGGGGACCAGGAAGACCAAAGAAAGAUCCAGACAUGCCCAAGAGACCCAGAGGCAGACCUAAAGGAUCAAAAAAUAAGAAACCAAAGAAGACAGACAGACAGCCAAAUGCCGUGGACUUCAAGGACAGUUUGCAUAAGUUAACAAGAGACACGGAUAACGUUUCGUGCUGUAAGAGUGAACAUGGACCUGACGUGCCAGUGGCCAGUGCGAUGGACACGUGUAGUGAUAGCAAGUGGAACAAUGACAUAGACAGUGAGGACCUCCCUCCGCCGCCAGAGCCCAUCCCUCCUCUGAGACGGGGGCCGGGCAGACCCAAAAAGAUCCCUCCAGUGUUAGAACCCAGUGUACCCCUCCAGGAACCACAGCUAAAUAAAGUACAAAGUGAGCACAAAGUUGAGUCUUGUGCAGAUAAAAGUGCCAAUCCCCCCAGUGCCAACCCUGAUGUGCAGAUUGCUAAUUUUGAACCAUCCAAUUCUUUGAAGUACGAUAGAAAAAUUAGAGACAAAGGAUUCAAGGGCAAGAGGCCAGUGGGACGGCCGAGGAAGUACCCGAAGAGAGAGGACGUCAACUCAGCUGGCAACAACCUUCCGGCCACGGCAGCCAGCAAGAAGUGUUUCAGCGAGAGGAUCAUGCACAAAAUCAUCAACGAAAAGGUGCGCAACAGCGAGAAGUCUGACAAAUUAUCUGGCCGAGUUGACGAUCACGGGGAAUCCUUGGAGUCCACCGGUGAUCCCUACGCCUUCCUGGACCUGCCCUUCGCCAGCGCACACGAUUCUGAGAGAAGACACCGCAAACGCCACUCAAAGCCAAAAUUCACAGCUGACGGUCUGCCAUUUGAGGGGAAGAAGAAACGUGGCAGGAAAAAGGAGUUACCGGCCAUCUUUGAAAAGGUGUACCGCAACCAGGAAAUGAAGAGCAAGAUCAAGAGUGAGAAUGGCCGGCCAUCCUUCUGCCCCGCAUCUCUGGCCUUCAAGCAGAUCCACAAGAAGAAGAAGAAGAAACCCAAGCACUUCAAGACCAAGCACAAGAACAUUGUGGACCCUGUAUUUCUUGCCGACUUGGAGGACCUCAUGAGGGGGAUCCAGCAGUGUUCCAUCUCCAAGGCGCCCAUCCUGGUGCAAUCCAAACCCGGUGAGCUGCUCCUCCCUUCUAUAUUCCGCCUGAGGAAGGUGUCGCUGGCGGCCAAGAAGAGGCGAGGCAGCGAGAAGACGAGGACAAGUGACCGGGAGUCGGGCACGGAGGGGGAGAGUGGCAAGGAGAAGGCAUCAGGGAAGAGGAAGAAGAAGCUGCAAGAGGUUCCUAAGCAGGGUCGGGAGCGGACAGAGGCCAAUGAGCAGCGUCUGCCCCUGAAGAAGCGCCACCGCCACAUCUCCACUGCAGUCCCUGCCACGCCUGAGCCACCCAAGGUGGACAGUGUGAAGAGUGAGCUCGGCAUAACAAAAGCCAACGAGAAAGCAAACUGUGAUAAGGAAAUGAGAGUCGAGAAGGAGGACAAAGACAAGCUAACCACCAAGAUUGACCCGAGACCAGAGAGGAUGUCUGUUCCAAAGACCUCAAACUUGAUUGCUGAGACCCCGAGGCCUGUGAAGCCUGACGCCAAGGUUAUCAAGCAGAGCAGUGAGGAGCUACCUAAGAAAUCUGAGGACACCCUGGUGCCCAAUAAUAAUGUGACCAAAAAGUAUGAGGUCACAAACUCGGUGGCAAAGAAGUGUGAGGUAACUGCGUCUGUGGCGAAGAAGUGUGAGGUCACCCCCACCAUUGCCAAGAAGUACGAGGAACCCGUUUCUAAGAGGACAGAAGAAACCCAAGUACCUGAUGUAGUUAUAAAGAGUGCUGAGCCCCCGGAGGAGAGCCAGGCAGUACUGGUGUCCUGUGUGCCCGAGGCGGUGGUGAACAAGGUGGUGGAGAAACCCGACCCUGUGACGCGGGCCGGCGGGGAACUCAGCACCUCAUCCCGUGCUGCCACCACCACCACCACCACCACAACCACCACUCCUAAGAAAAGACACAGGCUGGAAGUGGAGCUGAGCCACACCCCAGCCACUGCCACUAGGGCCACCUCAGGUCUGGUGAAGGGCAAGGUGGAGAAGGAGGUCCCUAAGAGUAAAGAAAAGGAACUGUCCAUCAAAGUGCCAGUGAACAAGUCCCCCAAAGCUACCAAAGAACUGCCCCUGAAGGAGACCAGUAAUGUGCCGCUACCUAAGGAAGAAUCCACUUGUGAUAAUGGCCCCAAAGUGUGUGUUGCUGAGAAGAAGGAGGAGGAGGUGGAGAAGAAGCCCAGUGAUGAUGUCAGUGUUGAGAAGUGCCAGGAAGCCAUGGAGCCUUGUGUUCAGAUGUCAGAGCCUGUACCUGAAACUGAGCCUCCAAAGGAAAGCUCUGGCACACACUCAGACAGUGACAUUCCCAGUGAACAUGAGCCGCUCUAUGACAGUGACCAGAGUGGCUUCUCCUCUGACAAAGAGGGUCCCGUGGAGAUUCCCGUAAAAGUGCCUCAGAAAAGACUGAAGAAGAAGAGGGAGUUGAGGUCACCAAUCCCAAAGGUGACCGACAAACCUGUACCUGCAGAAGUCACGGAAGAUAACGAACCUCCCCCUUCCAAGAAAAAGAAAAAGCUAAAGCGCAGGAAAAGAAAUAGGACAGGAUUCCCAACCAUAAGGAAAAAGAAACGAAAGACCAAAGACCUUGACCAGAAAGAAAAUGAGACUGAAGAGAAGCCAAAUGGUGAACUCUGUGAUAAUAAGGAUGCCAUGGAAAUUUCAGAGAUUCCAGCUAAGACAAACCCUGAAAACAUGGUAAUCAGUAACCCAGGCAGCAGUACAGCACCAGCUUGUCCACCUCCUGCAGACCCCAGUGCCCUACCAAGACCCGGUGAUUCAGAGCCUAACCCUGUCAAGUAUGAAGGCAAGGAAGCUACUGGUGCUCCUGCUGCUACCAUGCCAGAGUCUGAACAACUUGCAGCAAAGACAAUCAGAGUCGAUACCCCAACAUCUAAAGAUUCUGUACCUGUCCCCACACCAAGACCAAGAGGGCGCCCAAAGAAGACAAGCACGGAGAGAAAGUCAUCAUCAAGAGCGCCUUCAGUGUCCCCCUCACAGUCACCCGAGAAGGGACCAAAGCAGCUGCGGGAGUCCUUGAGGGAGAGGAGGUCCACCAAGCCUCCUGAAGCUGUCCCUCAGGAGAAGAAAAUAGAGAGUGAGCAAGACGAGCAGCAGUUAAAGAAGAUGUUGGAGAGAGUGGCCACUGGUAUUGGAUGUCGGACAAGGAGGAAGAGGGACCUGAGUGAAGAGAGUGUGAGAACAGUUCAGUCAGAAGGGAAGAGGCCAAGAAGACAUGCUGAGGAGGAGAUGGAUGACUGUGAUGCGGUGGUGCUGUCCUCGGAGUCCAUGCCCAGCAGUGAGCCACCCUCCGGGGACGAGAGCAGCCGCACCUUGACAGGACACAGGAAGGUGCCGCGCUGGAGGAAGAAGUACCUUGUGGCUGGACUUUUCUCGGAUUACUACAAGGAGGGAGAGCCUCGGAGGAGAAACGGAGAAGUGUCCAUGCCAAAGAACAAGUUGACCUACGACCCAGAGGAGCACAUCCACGGCCUGCUCCCUCCCCCCUGUUACUGCCGCAAGUGGCUGAGGGAGCGGCAGAUUGACUUUGUGCUGCCCUACGACCUGUGGUGGCUGCAUGAACACAAUAUGCUGCCUGGCCGGGACAUUGUGCCCUCCUGGAACUACAAGAAGAUCAAGAGCAAUGUUUACUAUGAUGUCAAGCCCAACCAUGACUAUGAGUCCCAACCUUGUAGUUGCAAGCGACCAACCAAGCCAGGGGAGCGUGGCUGUGGCGACGACUGCAUCAACAAGAUGAUGCUCAUUGAAUGUUCCUCCCAGACCUGCCCCAUCAGUGAGACGUGUGGCAACCAGCCCAUCCAGAGGCACGAGUACCGCACCUGCUUGCAGCGCUUCAUGACACCUGACAAAGGCUGGGGCAUCAGGACCACCGAGGCCAUCAAGGCAGGGACCUUCAUCCUGGAGUAUGUCGGGGAGGUGGUGAGCGAGAAGGAGUUCAAGAUCCGGAUGCAGACGAGGUACGCUAAUGACACCCACCACUACUGCCUCAACCUGGACCGGGGAAUGGUGAUUGAUGGGCACCGCAUGGGGGGUGACUGUCGCUUUGUGAACCACUCCUGUGACCCCAACUGUGAGAUGCAGAAGUGGUAUGUCAAUGGCCAGUACCGCAUGGCACUUUUUGCCCUCAAGGACAUUGAACUCGGCACUGAACUGACCUACGACUACAACUUCUCCCUGUUCAACCCAGCGGAGGGGCAGGAGUGCAAGUGUGGGUCAGACAACUGCCGAGGGGUGAUUGGUGCAAAGUCUCAAAGGGUGAACGGUUAUGUGGACGAUAAGAAGAAGGCCGCAAAGAAGGAGGUUGGCAAGAAGCGUAAGCGUGGAGCUACAUCAGAGGUGGACAACUACCUUCCACGGCCACACAUCACACCAAUGAAGCCUCUGUCCCACCAGCAGCAGCUCUUCAUCCUCACACACCGCUGUUUCCUCAUUCGCAACCUGGAGAAAGUUAAGAGAUCAAGAGAACGGUUGAGUCGCUGUGCAGAGAAGAAAGCCGAGGAGGUGCUGGAGGACCCUGAGGAACCAAGCACAAGGGUUGAGAAGUUCCUGACUCACUUCACAGCUCUCAACACUGCUCGCUCUGUCAAAACAAGACGACUGGCCCAGGCAGAGGAUGAUCCAGAGAUGACUCGCCUGGCCAAAUUAGCACAAAUAUUCAAGGACAUCUAUGACAAACUUGUUGCUUCAAGGGAUGCCAAUGACAAGCCCCUGGCUACCCCAUUCAUGACACUGCCUUCAAAAAAGAAAUACCCAACCUAUUACACAAGAGUUGGUGAGCCCAUUGACUUGGCUCAGUUGGAGAAGAACAUCCUCACAGGCCACUACAUCACUGCUGAGUCUUUUGACCGAGAUGUGAUGCGUCUCUUUGCCAACAACCUUAGAUUUUUUGGACGCAACACUGAAAUUGGACAGAUGGCCGUUGGUCUGCGGCGAGUGUACAGUGAAUGCAAGCUGCAGUUCAAGCCCCUUCUGGAGGAGGUUCUUGGGGAAGAUGCGCUGCCUCCUGCCUUUGCAAACUCCUCUCCAAACGAGGAGUUUGAAGACGAGGAUGUGAUUCGGUGCGUGUGCAACCUUCACCGGGAUGAGGGAGUCAUGAUCCAGUGUGAGCGUUGUCUGGUGUGGCAACACUGCGACUGCAUGGGAGUCACUGACUCUCCUGAACACUACCUGUGUGAGGAGUGCUCCCCUCGCCUCAUCUCCCCUGAAGUGCCCAUGAACCCUCAGCCUCCAGAUGCCCCAAAAGACCACAAGUAUUUCAUCACACUGCUGAGAGAUAACCUACAAGUCAAGCAAGGGGACAGUGUUUACAUCCUGCGCGACCGUCCACAACAGAAGAGUGGAGAGAGGAGACAGCCGGCUUAUCGUCUUGCCAAGGAUGUCAAGCCUCACGACCUCUUGAUAUUCAAAAUAGAGAACCUGUGGAUUGAUGAAAAGGGAGACAAGUUUGCGUUUGGACACCACUACCUGCGUCCACACGAGACGUUCCAUGAGCCGUGGCGCAAGUUCUUUCCAAAUGAAGUGAUCCGCUCACCCCUGUGUGAGAUUCUGCCCCUGGACAUGGUCAUCAACCACUGCUGGGUACUGGACCUCAACAGCUACUGCCGGGGGAGGCCCAUCGGUGCCCAGGAGGACCAUGUGUAUGUGUGUGAAUAUCGGGUGGACAAGGGGGCGAGGGUCUUCUCCAAGAUCAGCAAACCCAAAUACCCAAUCUGCAUCAAGCCUUAUGCCUUCAUUACCUUCCCUGAGAGACUCCGGCCACAACGCACCUACACGCCACAUGAAGUGAUAUCCAAUGGUCGUGGCCGCAGCGGCAGCAGCGGUGGCUCCAAGGACAGCCACACUGGGUCUGAGGAGCACAGCAGUAGCAGCAGCAGCAGUGGCCACAACAACAGUGGCACCAACAACAACAACAGUUCAAGUGCAGCCAGUAACAACAUUAAUACUUGCCCUAAACCCAGCACUCCUGCAACUAGUAAUGGCACAACCAGCAACAGUGACAGCAUCAACAACAAUAGUGCAAGCACCACCACCACCAACAGCAGCAGCAGCAGCAGCAGCAGCAGCAGCAACAACAACAACAACAACAACACUACCAGCAACAGCAGUAGCAAUAGCCUCAUCAGCAGCAGUAGCAGCAGCGCCACCAGCGGUAGCAGCAGCAGGAGCAGCAGGUCUCGAGACAGAGGGGUCCCGCCUCCUCCCCCUGAUGAGAUUGACGACCACACCCCGCUGGCUACUGUAAGAGCUGAGGCCAGGGCACAAAAGGCAUCCAAGAAGCGAGUGCGUGUCAACAGUGUGGCCACCAAGCUUCUGGGUCAGCUCCCAGCAAAAGGGGUGAUAGACCUGAGUUACCUGUUGGAAAAUAACAAGAGGCAGCGCAAGAAAACGGCAGCGUUUACCUCAUGAGAUUGGCUCAUAGGCUGGAACGGCCACCUCACUCUAAAGGAAAUGGAGGGCCAUAUGUAAAGAUUGGUAUCUAUAAGGUAUUUUAAUUCUAAUUGUCAAUUGAUCAACAUACAGACCAGCACAAGCAUUUCCAUUUAUAUAUACACAUACUAUAUAUAUACAGUCACAUGUUUACCAUAGAGAUCUUACCAAAGAGUGCAAUUAUCUGUAUGAAUUGUUCAGCUUCAAUUGGACUCGUUGUUUGACAUCUCCACAUCAUUCAUCCUUGUUAACUAAUUCCUGACCCAAAAACAUUUCACAUGUACAUAUUGGUCACAUCAGGAAAUUUACUGUUGGGACAGUUAUAAUUUAAUGUUAGUUGAUGUUGCAAGUUUUAGUCUAGAAAUCUGCAUCCUGAACCCGCGGUAUUUGGAUUUCAAAAGUUACAUUUAAAGAUGAUUGGAUUGCCAGGUGAAGUGGGUGCACUAGCCAGGCCCAGGUGAGGUGCCUUUGUCACGCACUCACUUCUCGCUGACACCAGAUCUCUAUGAGCCAGACAUCCACACACACACAACACUACACCAAAACAAAGUAGCAGACAGACAACACUUACGAAUAAAUUUAAUUAUUGAGGAAUUUGAGUGUCGUACCAGCCUGAUGUUUUUGUAACUAAAUUGAGGGAUUUUUGUGGGAGUUGUAGUUCGUCUAUUGUUUUUUUUUUAAGAAGAGUGUGACUUGUCUGCUUACUUGAGUCACAAGCUUAGGUUUUACAGAAAAGCUAAAAGUGGCAGACUUAGUAACAAGUUGCAAAGAAAGUGUCAUUGUGAAUUUUAGCUUCUCUGGAGUCGUAUGGUUUUUUGUCUUGUACUGUCAAUGAAUGGAUUAUUAUUUUGUCCUGAACAUUUUGAAAGCUUUUGGGAACCAUCACCAAGUGUAGAUCUGAUUUCUUGCAGUUAAUUGUAUCCAGAAGUCUGUUUGAGAAACAAGUAAUGCAAGAAAACAUGUAAUUGGUCAAGUGAAAGGCUUACCACUUACAUGCUUCAUUUGAUUUUGUGUGUUAUUGACAGUUCACCAGUUAAAAGCUUAAAGAACCAUCAUGCAAAUUGAUAGAUCUGAUUUUCUCCACAAGGUGUUCAGAAGCAUACUGAAAAUGUAUUUAUGCCAUUUUAGAGUUCUGUGAAAAGGAAAUAAGUUUCUUUUUCUCAGAUUCUGUGACUUGAAAUGUGAGAUUUGGGCAUGGACUUUAAAGUAGAAAACAAAUGCAUUAUCAGAUGGAAUAAAUCUGACAUGAAAUAUUUUAACUAUAGAAAUUCCUAUGGAAUAUAAAGAUGAUCAAAUUGGUCUUUAAAUGCAAAUGGUGAUUACCUGUAAAAUUAUAGCUUUCUCUGCCAUUUUAUAGUGAAAUUUUAGCAUAGUAAUAAAUAAUGUAUUUUAUUCUUUCUCAGAUGUUUUGUUAAGACUUGGCACAUAUAUUGUGCAUGAUGCUGGAAAUGAGUUAGUACCUUGAGAAAUACUGCCAAGUGGUACAGUGUUACCUUGCUGAAGGAGGAACACUUGAGGCUAAACACGUUGAAUGCGAACAAAAGUGAAUUACACGAGAGAUAAUCUAGGUCAGCUUUAGCACGUCCUUGUGUAGCAAUAAUGGGCCAGCGCCAGCAUGGCCAGGCCAGCUGUCCACCUGCAGGGGGCUGGCCGGAGAGAAUGGAUGCUCUGUGCACUAUGAAGAACAUAAACUGUACUUAUUGAUAUCUUGUGUAAGUUCAGCACAAUAACCGUUUUUAAACACAUAGGUUAUAAGAGAUAUGGCUGUAAGUUAUCCAGUUUUAUAAAUGUACUGCUUGUAUAGAUGAUAGGUGUAAGAAAGUACAAAGAUUUUCUUAUUUUUUAUUUAAUUUUUUACUAGUGUGUAUAAAACUGGAGGGCAAGCUUUUCUGUAGAGUAACUAGUCACUGGACGCAUUGUGGUGCAUUUGGUCGAUCCUUCCAUCAUCCCUGUGUACAAGCAAGGAGCUAAGUGUUAUUGAUGCAAAUCUCAGUAUCUGAUACUGAAUUCACAUUCAAGAGUAUAUAAUACUCAUAUAUACAGUUUUGUACAUGUAAAUUAAGACAACAAAUCAAAAUUUCUUUUUAUAAAAAUAGAAAAUGAUGGAUUUUGUAGUAGAUGUAUAACCUAUGAUAGUAAGUACAAGGAUUUUUAAGUUAUUUGAUUGAGAUUUUUAAUAUAUACUUUUAAUAAUGAACUUUACACUAAGUCAGAUUUCUGGUUUCUCUCAAAAUAUGUGUAAAUAUUGUUUGACUGGAGAGCAAGAAAGUGACUGAAUGCUGUGCAUUGUUGUAUGUAAAAUAGAAGGAAUAUUUUUAUAAUAAUGUCUGGCAGCUCUUUCGUUCAUGUCAUUGUUAUGGUGUUGUACUCCCUGUGCUGUUUCCCACAUGUUGUGUUUAUGUUUUCUGCACCUCACCUGGCAAGAUUAUUCACCAAAACAAUAUAAAACAGACAAAAAAAAGCAAACAAAAAAAAACAGGCAGCUUGAUAGGUUUCUGUAUCCUUGAGUCAAUAGCAACCUCUUCCCAGGUGGUACUUUUACUAAUUUACAGUAAACCAGAAAUGGGGAGGCACUUAGCCAGGUGUUUCUUGGAAAUUAGUGUAUCACAGUAUCUUGGAAGAAAAUUAUGCUUCUAUAUUAAAUUAUUUUAUUAAAUUGUACCAAAGUACAAUGAACUUUACAACAACUGUAUAAUAACAUUAAAACCAAGAGAAGUACGUGUACAGAAGUUAACAUUGUGAUUAUCGUUAAUAUAAAUGACUGUUGUACAGAUGCACACACACACACACACACACACACACACACACACACACACACACACACACACACACACACACACACACACACACAAGUCUGUAACACUUCGCUACACAGCACAUCUUCACUUCAUUCUGUCUCAUCACAUCCUCACCCUUCAGUUAAUUCACUUCAUAUCACCAAUUCACAGAACCACUUCUUAACACACACACACACACACACACACACACACACACACACACACACACACACACACACACACACACACACACACACACACACACACACACACACACACACACACACACACACACACACACACACACACACACACACACACACACACACACACACACACACACACACACACACACACACACACAACUGUACAAUGCAACACAACACAAUACAGCGUUUGAGGCUUGCAUUCCAAGUGUUCCUCCCCUCCUGAAUACACGCUGAUAGUGCAUAAAUGAGUGAGAACUUUUGCUACUACUAUUUAGGUGUUGUUUAUUCUUUGUACUGGAGUGCGGCGGCGUCCGUGGCCCCCUGUUGCCGAUCCUUCCCUUGUUCACCCCCGUAGCGCCUCCCAACAUUCUCCCAGACUCACUCAGUAGGGUUAAGCAGUUACAACAGUACCAUUAGUUCAGAAGCUUUUUGCCAGUUAUUGCUGUUAACAGAUGUUAUGCAUGGUCCACACAAGUGUUUGUACAUGUAAAUUUGGUUUUAUGAGCCGGGGCCGGGGCUGGGGUGUGUGGCGACAGUGCUGGUCCAUUGACUGUGGUGGUAACUUAAUGAUAAUGUGAUGUCUGCCCGCUGCCCCUCGGCUGCGGUCCACAGUCUCACCAAGCAGUUUUACAAUUUUGCCUCCUAGUUAUACUGAUUUGUUGGGAGCUCCCUGUGUAGUAGAUUUUAAAGUUUUAUGUUAUUCAAUCCAUGUACAAGUGGCGGGAAGGUGCAUACCUCUACUGAAUACAAGAGCAUCUCACUUUCUGUCCGAAUAUGAACAAAUACAACAUUUCACAACAAAAUUUUUCAUGACAAUAGCCCAAUAUGCAUCUUCCCAUAUCUCAGGACAUAAUGUUCAUUUGUACAUAACCAUGAAAUUCAUCUUGGAAUAAAUUAUAAUU